AUGGCCACCCUCCGAUCUCAGGGCGUCGCCCGCAUCUUGCGAACUGCUGCCGCGCCUCGUGUGGCCGUACCUAUGACUGCACAGCGCUUCCAGAGCUCGAUCGCGAAGCACAGCGAAAAGGAAGUUACUGGGACGCCCAGCGACGCCAACCAGCCUGACUUCGACACUCCCCACGACAAGGCCACUUCGACCUUUACUCCCGUGCCCAGACACGCUCAGGACGGCACCGACGAUGUUCGCUCGGCCGCCGUCACCUCCGGCGCCCCCAUUGAGCUCCAGGCUCGUACCGUCAGGAUAUACAAGGAGUCAAAGGCCGCCACACAAUCUGGGACCUGGAGGGGCCACGAUUGGCGAAUGGACUGGGACAUUCUUCCCAAGGGUCAUCGGUGGGAGAACCCUCUGAUGGGAUGGCAAUCGUCUGGAGACUUCAUGCAAGGCACAAAUCUCAACUUCGAGACCAAGGAGGACGCCAUUCACUUCGCCGAGAAGCAGGGCUACGAAUAUUUCGUGCAGGAGCCCAACGCCCGCAAGUUCACCCCAAAGGCUUACGCCAACAACUUCCUCUACAGCGCUCGUAAGCUGAAGCACAUCCGCACAAAAUAG